CUCCCAGUUGCUGCUCCCUUAUCGUCGACGAGUCAUUGAAUAUCAGAUUUGCGGCGCUUAUUCCAAGAAAAAACCGCGAAACUUUCGUGCUCAGCACCUUCGUUUCUACCUACCAGUGUUGGUUUUCCAAAUCCCCUCCUGGGGUGUUCUUCCUGCCCGGUCUCUUCUGGCCGUCUCCUGCCUCUCGCGCGUUCCAAUUGAGCCGAUGGCGCCAUCGUCAAGGGCUCUGCGCCAGCUUGCGGCGCCCUCCUCGGGCGCCGCGCUGCUGCAGCAAUCACCGGCCGUUCCCCGAUUGUUCCUGCAGACAUCGUGCCGGACCGCUGGCGCAAGGCCGGUCUUUGGCAGCGCACAAGGCCCCGUCGCCCGGCAGUUCCGUCGCGGUUAUUCCAGCGAGACGCCGGCGCCGGCCCCGCCGCCGAGAAUGUCGCGGUUCCGCCGGAGGUUGAGAUGGACCUGGAGGCUGGGUUAUCUCUCGGCCAUCGCCGGCAUCGCCUACAUCGGCUACGGCGUUUACAAGGACAGGCACCCGGAGCCCCAGGUCGACCCAGAUCCGUCCAAGAAAACGCUCGUUAUCCUUGGAACCGGCUGGGGCUCUAUUUCGCUGCUCAAGCGCCUCGACACCGAGAACUACAAUGUCAUCGUCAUCUCGCCGCGCAACUACUUCCUCUUCACCCCCCUCCUCCCGUCGUGCACAAACGGCACGAUCGAGCACCGGUCCAUCAUGGAGCCGGUGCGGACCAUCCUCCGGCAGAAGAAGGGCCGCGUCAAGUUCUACGAGGCCGAGGCCAGCUCUAUCGACCCGGAGCGCAAGGUGGUGCGCAUCUUCGACAACUCGGAAAUUAGGGGUGACAUUACCGAGACCGAGGUUCCCUACGACAUGCUGGUGAUCGGCGUCGGCGCCGAGAACGCCACGUUCGGCAUCCCCGGCGUCCGCGAGCACUCUUGCUUCCUGAAGGAGAUCGGCGACGCGCAGAAGAUCCGCAAGCGCAUCAUGGACUGCGUCGAGACGGCCGCCUUCAAGGACCAGUCGCCCGAGGAGAUCGACCGUCUGCUGCACAUGGUCGUGGUCGGCGGCGGCCCGACGGGCGUGGAGUUCGCCGGCGAGCUGCAGGACUUCUUCGAGGAGGACAUAAAGAAGCUGGUGCCGGAGAUCAGCGACCGCUUCCGGGUGACGCUGAUCGAGGCGCUGCCCAGCGUGCUGCCCAUGUUCUCCAAGCAGCUGAUUGAGUACACCGAGAGCACGUUUAAGGAGGAGAAGAUUAACAUCCACACUAAGACGAUGGUCAAGAAGGUCACCGACAAGACGGUCGAGGCCGAGGUGACGCGGCCGGACGGCACGAAGGAGACGGUGGUGUUCCCCUACGGCCUGCUCGUCUGGGCCACGGGCAACGCGGUGCGGCCCGUGGUCAAGGACCUGAUGGCGCGCAUCCCCGCGCAGAAGAACUCGCGGCGCGGGCUGGCGGUGAACGAGUACCUGGUGGUGCAGGGCACGCGCGACAUCUGGGCGGUGGGCGACUGCGCGGUGGCGGGCUACGCGCCGACGGCGCAGGUGGCCAGCCAGGAGGGCAACUUCCUGGCGCGGCUGUUCAACAACAUGGCCAAGACGGAGGCGCUCGAGAGCAAGAUCCGCGAGCUCAGCUCGUCGCUGAACCUGCAGCCGGGCAACUCGGCGGCCAUCUCGCGCGAGAUCGAGGAGCACGAGCGCCAGCUGCGCCGCAUCAAGGACAUCAAGCCCUUCUACUACAGCCACCAGGGCAGCCUGGCCUACAUCGGCAGCGAGAAGGCCGUCGCCGACGUCACCUGGUUCAACGGCAACGUCGCCGCCGCCGGCAGCCUGACCUUCCUGUUCUGGCGCAGCGCCUACAUCAGCAUGUGCUUCAGCAUGCGCAACCGCCUGCUCGUCAUCAACGACUGGCUCAAGUCCAAGGUCUUUGGCCGCGACCUCUCGCGCGAGUAGGCGGCGGUGGGCUGUUGGGGGAGGAUCUGAUGUCGAUUUUUGAUCUGCCGGUUGGCUCUAAUCUAAGCACUGCAGCGGGCGAGCAGGCCUGAUUCUCUUUUUCUCUUUUUCUUCUCUUUCUUUCUUUUCUUUGUCUGCUCUGAU